AUGUUCUGCUUCUGCCUGCAGAGCCCCCUGCUGAAGCUCCAGGCGCUGGAUGGGGACGGCUGCCCCUCGCCGGGGGACUCCCCCGAGGACGAGGCACCCAGCCUGGGCACCAAGGAGGAGCCGCCGGCACAGGGCCCCUCCUGCUGGAGCCUGGGCAGCGAGAGGGAGCGCGACAGGGACAGGCAGAGAGACAGCCCCCCAGAGCCCCAGUCCCUGUUCAGAAGCCCCCAGGCGGAGGGCGGUUAUGUGGACCAGCAGCAGAGUCCAGGCCCCAGUCGACUGCUCCAUCACAUCACCGACGGCAACAGCCCUCUCCCAUCGCCACGGUGCCCCAGCCUCACCCAGAGUCAGCGCUUCAACAGUGACCCAGAGAUGGCCCCCUCGCCACCCUGCUCUCAGCAUCUAAUCAUGGCGCGGGGCCUGGCGAGGACAGAGGCGGAGGAGCCGGCGAAGGACGUGCCCUCCAUCCUCCUCCUCACCAAACACAUCCAGGCGCUCAAGAGGAAGAUCCGCCGCUUCGAGGAGCGCUUCGAGCAAGAGAUGAACUACAAGCCCUCACACAACGACAAAUCAGCCAACCCAGAGAUCUUCCGGCUGAUGAGUGAACUGGCUAAGACGCGCAAGCAGCUGAAAGAGCUGCGUUUGAAGCAGUCGGUGGAGGAGCUGGUGGACCCGGGGGAGGACAGCAAUGGCGGCGGCAGUGGCAGGUCCACUCAUCACCACCAGGGGGAGCCGCAGACUCAGCAGCAGCUGAACCAGCAGCAGCAGCACAGACCAACUCUGGAGGAGACGGUGGAGUCGCUGCUCAGGCGACUCAAGGAGAAGCGCCAAACCCUCGGCCUCCCGGAGAACAUGUUGGAGAUGACAUACGGGCAGAUGGCCCUGGAGAAGAUGACCCUGCAGAAGUGUUUGCUGUACUUUGAGAGCCUACACGGCCGCCCUGGCACGAAGCAGGACAAAAACCUGGUCAAGCCGUUAUACGACCGCUACCAGAUGGUGAAGCGCCUCCUGUGUGCGUCCUCGCCCAUCACCACCAUCGAGGAAGAGGAGGGGUCUGACGAAGACUGUGUGACGGAGGAGCCAACAGAGCCCUGCAGGCCAGCGGGGCCCGUGAGCACUGAGGAAGAGGGGGACAGUGACCCGACCUUCGUCUCUCCAAUAGACGAGGUCAAAGCUAUACGGCAUACUACUCCCCGACCGCCUGUAACCAUGGCAAACCUGCACGAGGCCUCCAGGUCGGAACUUCUUGCGUGUCUGCGGGAAACGCGAGUAGAGAAGAGGAGACGAAGAAAGGCCCUUCGCGAGUUUGAGGACAAUUUCAGUCGACAGAUGGGAAGGACGCCGCAGAAAGAGGACCGCGUUCCUUUGGCUGAGGAGUACCAGGAGUACAAGACCCUCAAAGCCAAGCUGCGCUUGCUGGAGGUUCUGCUGAGCAAACAGGAAACCACAAAGACAGUGUGAGGGAAUUUCUCUCUCCUCUCUUUUUUUCCCUGCCUCUCUUUCUCUCUCUCUCUCUCUUUUUAUAGUAAGUACUUUCUAAGUACAAAUUGAAUGAACUCAGUGGUUGGACCAAAAUAUUUUUUGUUGUUGUUCUUUUUGUAUUUUACAUGUUUGUGCCAUUAUGACACUUCAAUGCACUUUAUUGUACAGUUUUAUUUUAUUGGUGAACUUUGACACAGUACCAGAAACGAGGGGGGUUUUAUGUGAGAUGAACUGGCCUUCUGAGGGCGUAGACAAAGAUGCAACCUACAGAACUGUUCUAUGCCGUAUGUUCUGAAGUGUCACUAUAUAUAUCAUCAAGGUCUAAGACCAAAUGUAUCCCAAACACAGUGGAAACUGUCGGACAUUAAAAUGUUUCUUUUACAAAAAUAAAACAAAAAAUAGGUUACCUCCAUCUCGAAAAAUAUGGCACUUUACUUCAGAUCUGGAUUUCAAACCAAAGCCAAACCAUAUGCAAUUUUUCCACAGGACUUGCGAUUGUACAAGGAAGUUUUGUAAUUAUUGACCAAUUCAAGGUAUUCUUUCAAAUAGCUAUAUGCCACAGUGGGAAGAUUCAAUGGCAAAUGACAUUGCUGAUCUGUCUGAACAAAUUAUUAGUGUUUUCUUGUCAUGAAUAUUCAGAUGUCAUAUAAAUGAAUGACUGAUGUUAUGCAAAAACGAAAGCUAGCGUUGUAGGUAAAUUGAGGGAUUUUAAGAUGCUAAGUGCAUAAAUACAAGAGAUAUAGAAGAUACUGUGAAAUUCAGUCCGUAAUAUGUUAAACUGAGUUUAUAUUCAUUGAGAUAAUGACCAAUUACAGAAUACUAUGCAGCUAAGACACAACAAGGACUCGGUAUAAGUGCUAAGUUCUGCUGUCAUUAACCUUGCAAACUUGCAAUGGCAAAUAAUAAAAGGAGAGACAGGAAAAUACAGUAGGCAUGUUUGAGAACGUUUACUCCCUGUAUGAUAGAAAAGCACUACACUAAACACAGAGACAUUUGGUACUUAUCUGUCAAGUUUGCGAAAGUGCACAAACAAUAAAUGCAACAAAAACCAACGUAAUUUACUGCAUAUUAAACAAAACCUCCUCUGCAAGUACUAUCCCUAUGUGUGAAAGGAUUCUUUUGAUUCUCUUACCAUAUGAGUUGUAUCUAUGGUGAUCGCUGCUCCAACACUGUUAAGUGCAAUUCUGCUCAAGUAACUUUUUCCUUCUGAAAUUCCACACCCUACAAUUCCUUUCUCCAACAGGCUCCACUGCUGCCAACUGUUACAAUCUCAUUUUUGUAUUUUUUUGCAUGCCAACCAACGUAAAACUGUUGACUUGUGCUACAAUCAGAUAUGGAAAUAUAUAUGUAUUUAUAUGUAUGUGUGGUAUUUUCGUCCCAGACUGGAUUUGCGUGUACACAUCCUCUGUGACAACGGAAAAACUAAGCUGAAUGUUAGCUUUUAGUGCACGUUGUUUCUGAAUUUGUUAAUAUAUACAUAUUUAUUUAUUUUCCGUUCCAUUGUGAAAGCUCUUUUGUUUUGGUAUUGUGCACUUCUGGUUUGCUUCUAUUUUCUAUACAGUUAAAAAAUAAAUAUUUUUGUAUUUAUUA